CAGAAACCCACCACUCUCUGUUUCACACUCACACUCCACCAAACAAAACACAAAGCCAUGAACAAAAACACUUCACGUCCUCUCUUCCUUCUCCCGUUUCUCUUAUUCUUGUUUUCCCUCAGUUUAAUCUCAGCCCUUAAUCUCAAUCCAAUGCCAUCCUUCGAUUUCAUCCCCAGCCCUGGCUCCCAACCCCUAACCAACGACUCAGAUUUCAUCCGCUCCAGCUGCAACUCAACUCUCUACCCGGACCUCUGCUACGCGUCGUUGGAAGGCUACUCCAGCUCCGUCCGAGAGGACCCGGCGCAGCUGGCUCGUGUCGCCAUCGGCGUCAGCUUGAAGAAGGCCAAAGCCAUGGCGUCCUACGUGGCCAACGUCAGCCGCGAGGCCGACUACAGCUCCGACCCCCGGGUGUGUUCGGCGCUCCAUGAUUGCCAUUCGAACUUCGGCGACGCAGUGGAGGAGAUCCAGGGGUCGCUGAAACAGAUGCGACACCUCGGCGCGGCGGGGAGCUCGAAGGAGACCCUCCGGUUUCUGAUGAGUAAUGUGCAGACGUGGAUGAGCGCGGCGUUGACGGACCAGGAGACGUGUACGGACGGUUUCGAUGACGUGGCGGACGGGCCAGUGAAGGCGGAUGUUGUUGAUAGGGCGGCGUAUGUGAAGAAGCUGACCAGCAAUGCCCUUGCUUUGGUUAACAGUUAUGCUGAGAAAGAAAUGAGUUGAUGUAGAAGAUGAUGAUGAUGAUGUUGGUGAAAUGUUAGGUGGUUUAGGGCCAUUGGAUGUUGGUGAGUUAGAUAGAAUUAGUGUAUGAAUGUUAAGGUCAAAUUAUAUAUAAUACUCUCUAUAUAUAUUUAUAUUUUUAAUUAUGAUUAAUAUUUAUAAUUUUUAUGUAUGCAUUUAUGUAUGUAUGUAUUAGGAAGAAAAUUGGAUGUUAAUUGUUGAG